AUGUCGUUGGAUAUACCUUGCCAGACGACUUUGAGAGUCUUACUGCGCUGGCAUUUCCGGAAGUUCCACUACUACAAGUCAAAAGAGGUGGUGAAGAGCAGACUUCCUAUACUCCAAAUCCCCGAUGCAAUCAGCUCAGCGUUCAACUUAAUUGCGAGAAUCGCUGUGGAGCCUGUUGUAGCGCGCUACAUUCAAGAGGCGGACUUUAAAAAGGACAGUGAAAUAUCGACGGGCAAACCGCAUCAUUUUGUGACUGACGGAUCUCAUGAUGAAGCUAUGAUGCGACUGCUUGCCGGUUCUGCUGACCUAAAACAAGCAGGUUUGGAAUGGAGGGAAUACUGGACUGUAAUUCAGGAAGACCUCAACGAUGGUCGUUUUUCACAACAUGCUGCAGCGUUUGCUUUGACUCUGCUUCCGAAUGUCAAGUUUCUCGGCCUGCCUUAG